UCACCAACAGCUUUGGGGCCCUCCAGCAGGUAUAUAAACGCCAGCCCUCGGGGAGACCAGACGACAGAGAGACUGCAAAAAGAUCGAGAACCUUCUCCUUGUUUUGCUCGUCUUCCUUUGCUCAGGAGAUUCCCGUCAAACCCCUGCAGAAAUGAACGUGGCAGCAGCGAUGGCUUCCGAAGGCAAAAGGCCGGCUCCCCCCAAGUUCAAGCAGAAGGAGAGCCGGCAGUUCAAGAGCAAAGCUCCCAGACCCGGACAGAAGGGAUCCGACGACGUGCCCGGGAUGGACGGCCUCGGAGAUGCGAUCGUCAUCUGCCCCUGGGAGGCGUUUGGUGACAUGGAGCUGAGUGAUUUGGCGCAGUUCGGCAUCGUCUAGAUCUCACGCCAAAAGAAAGCACUGGUUCUGGCGAGUGGGAGCAGUGGCGGCCUUGUGGACCAGUGUGGCCCAGUUUCUGUGGACAGUGUAUCACGCUGUGCUGCUAGUGCCAUGCGUCUUCAAAUAAAAAGUAAUUUGGUCCAACUCCUA